CGCUGCCGGCGGACGGACCCCCGUUCCCAUGGACAGCACGCCCGUUUCCUGCUCAGCCUCCCUACUGGAGGCGCUCUCUGGCACAGGCGCCCGCCGUGGCCCGGCCCCGUUCCCUGCUCGCGGAUUGGUUGAGUGCCCUGCCACUCAGGGACGGGGCGUGGCUAGCAGGCGGUGGCACACUCGCUCACCCAAUCGCAGCGCAGAGCGCCGGGCGGAGAAGGGGCGGGCCCGUCGCCAUGGCAGCUGCGCUACCGCCCCAGACGCGUCCCGGGUUAAAUCCCCGCAGGAGCCGCGGCCGGAGCCGGAGCUGGCGGAGUUCUCGCUCCGCCUCGGCGCAGGACCGGGCAGGAUGAUGCGGCCGCGCCGCGGGCUCGACCCGAGCUCCGUGUGGGCGCAGCGCCUGCGGCAGCUGGAGCAGCGGUUGCGCACCAAAGAAGAAAGAAUAGUUGUCCUGGAAACUGAAAAUGCUAUUCUUCAUCUAAAACUUGCAGAGUACCAAGGGUUGGCUGGAAGAAGCACUAAUGAAGUAUUGCAGCUCUAUGCUGCUCAUGGUCAGCAGAUGAAAUUUCAGAGGAGCUCUGUUGUAACCCAGCUGCAUGGAGCAAUAAAGAGGCUUAAGCAAGACCUGAAGAGCCUUCAUUCAUUUGCUCUUGAGCUUUCAAAAGAUUUUCAACGUCAAAGCAAGACUUGUCUUUACCAAGUUCUGGCAGCAGUUCAGGGGAUACAGCUGCAGAAUGAAGCAAUGCAAAUGUUUCAGAUAAAAGCUUUUGAUCUUGAGCAGUCUCUACAAGAGGUGACAGAGAGAUAUGAGAAAGAAAAGCAGAAAAGGAAGGCUCUACAUAACAGCUUAAUUGAACUGAGAGGAAAUAUCAGAGUCCACUGCAGGAUUCGACCAUUGCUACCUUUUGAUGAUGCUUCUGGACUUUCACAAGGCAGGCAAAGAAAUUUUUCAGAAAAAGUGGCGUAUGCAGCUGAUGAUGAAACUGUCCUUGUCAAGUGUAGCCGUCCUGGUCAUGCCUCAGUAAACAAGACUUUUCAGUUUGAGAGAGUUUACAAUGAUUUGGAGUCUCAAGAUGCAGUGUUUGCAGAUGUGGCCCCUUUGCUAACAUCUCUCCUGGAUGGGUACAAUGUGUGUAUCAUGGCUUAUGGGCAAACUGGAAGUGGGAAGACAUACACAAUGUUGGGACCACAGUUAGAGGGGAACUUAGCAUUUGCCAUAGAAGAGGAAUCAGAACUUGGAAUUAUUCCCCGAGCUACCCAAGAAGUGUUCAGGCUUAUUUCAGAAAAGCCACCAGGAAGUUACUGCGUUGAGGUUUCUGUUGUAGAAGUGUAUAAUAAUGAAAUUUUUGAUCUUCUGGCCAAAGACAGUUGUGGAAAAGUGUUUGGCAUCAAGCGUGAUGUUGUCACAACCAGAGAAGGGAAGAGUGAUGUGCCAUUGCUGACACACGAGACUGUUGAAAAUGCCUCUGAAUUUUUGCAUCUAGUCAAAAAAGGCCUACUGCUGAGAGUCACACACCCAACACUGGUGCAUGCUCAUUCCUCUCGCUCUCAUCUGGUAGUGACAUUGACCAUAACCACAGUUGUCUUUGGAGAUAACUUUGGUACUUUAUGUGAAGAUGAACAAAUCAGUCAGAGACUAAAUAAAGAGGCUUCCUUCACCUUUCCACAAAAAAUGAGAGACAAUAAAUCCACCUCUUCUUCCAGAGCCUCUUCACCAGUGCAGCUUGAGGCAACUGAGAAAAUGAAGCAAGUCAAAACGAGACUGCAGCUGGUGGACCUGGCUGGGAGCGAGUGUGUUGGUAUGUCUGGAGUGACAGGGGCAGCACUGAGAGAGACCUCCUUCAUCAACCGCAGCCUGUCCGCCCUGGCAGAUGUUCUGGGAGCAAUAGCAGAGCAGCGAGCUCACGUCCCAUACCGGAACAGCAAACUUACACAUCUGCUUCAGGACUCUGUAGGAGGUGAUGCUAAACUGUUGGUGAUGCUGUGCAUCUCCCCUGGCCAAAAGUACUUAACAGAAUCAAUGCAGUCUCUGGGAUUUGGAACUCGUGCUCGGCAAGUUCAGAGAGGACAAGUCAAGAAAAAAAUUUCCCAGUGCCGAGUAAAGGAAAAUAAAACCUAAGACUCCUGUGGAUUAAAGUAUCAUUAAUGAGUUCCUCAGACUGAAAUGUAUAUUGUUGUCCUUAAGCCAUUCUUUUAGAUAUCAACUGCCAGAUAAAAUAAACAAUCCUCAACAUGGCAUUAGUAACCAAUAAACCUGCUAAUGAUGUUCUUGCUCCAAAGAUAAUAGCAAGUAUUGACA